AUGCUGGAGCGCGAGGACGUCGGAGCAUACGCGCUUCCUGCAUGCAGCGACGAAGCGGGCGGCAGCGAGAGCGCCGAGAUGGCGGACGAGGUACUAUCCCUCUAUGCGUCGGCGCAUGGGACAUCGUUUGUCCUCGGGCUGCCCUCGGGCGCGCACCUCUGCGACGCUGGCGAGAUCAAGUCGCUGCCGUUCCUGCCAUCGACCGUCGCCAUGAGCGCCGAUGGCGCAACGGUCGUCGGGUGGCUCAACCCGAGCUGCGUCUCAGUCUACUACGAGGGGCGCGCGCUCAUGUCCCGAGUCGUCGACAUGCCAUCGACGCCAUGGCGCACGUUCGUCCUACGGUCGCGGGUCGUGGGCCCGCAUCUCUUUGAGUUUGUGCUUCUCGUCGUCUGCGCCAACGGUCAUCUUUUGCAUCUUCGCAUCCAGAACAACGUCGAACAUUGCACCGAGGUCGCCAAUGUGACGCAGUGGCACCCGACGCUCACGAGCUGCGCGCUGGACGUUCCCGCCGGUCUCUUUGUGCUCGCCGGGGGCGUCCGCAGUGCGAGCGCCCACAUGGCCCACGCGUCCAGCCUCAGUCUCUGGAAGCUGUCUCUCGACGGCGAGCCCAGCGCCGAGCUGCAGGACUUCACGACGGUCCUCGAUGACGACGCGUCGGUCGCGCAACUCGAGCUCGAGAGCAUGCCAUCCGGGCUCUGGAGCUCGGCCAAGGCGCUUCUCGGGCUCCCGACCGCGUCCGAGACCGUAACGCAAGGUCAUAUCACGGCGAUUGCGCUGUCGCCAAACGGGCAGACCGUCGCGCUCACCGACCGCGCCGGCCGCGUCUCCCUUCGUCUCGUCGACACGAGCGCGGUUCUGAUUCCAUGGGCGCACGUGGCCGAGACGCCAACGCGCAGCAUGUGCUGGUUCGACUCGCACCUCGUGCUUGCCCAAAGUGACGGGUCGCUGCACGCGUGCUCGCUCAACGUCGAGUCGACGGCCUUGGAGACGACCCACGUGGUGGUCACUGCGUCACCGGUGCGCGUCAUGGGCGUGGCCGUUGCGCCCCGCGAUGCCAGCGGGUUCUACUACGCGUCGCGCAAUGCGUCGGGUGAGGUGCUCUUGGCCUCGUUCGCCGAGCUGCCGCUCGAGGUCGCGUACCAGCGCCGCGUCGCGCUCGGUUGUUUCGACGAGGCCUUGGCGCUGGCGAUGAAGCAUGACACGCUGGACCGCGACGUCGUGCACAAGGCCGCCGCGGCCGCCGAGCCCAACGUCGCGCGCCGCAUCGAAGCCCACCUGGCGCACAUCUCGGACAGUGCGUGGGUGCUGCAGUAUGUCGCGUCGACGCUCGAGGCAUCGGCGGCGGACUGCGCGGCGCUCUGGCGCUUUGGCUUGCGUCUCGACCCGACCUUUGGCGUGCUCGGUCGGCUCCUCGAUCUCCUCGAAACGUACCUCGCGCUCGUCCACGUCGAGACGGCGGCGACGCCCGCGAUGCCCCUCGACGAGCUCUUGGCGAACGAGUCGCUGGCGCCGUUCUUUCAUCCGUCGCUCCUCGAGGCCUUUCUGGACGCGACCAUGUUCGAGACCGCGCUCGCGAUUGCCAAAGACGGUCGCGUGGCCGCCCUUGGGCUGCUCUUGGAGCGGUACGGCUUCGAGCUUUUGCCCGACCGAUUGACGCUGCUGAGCGCGCUCCCGCUGACGCUAGACCCGGCCGAGUACGCGCACCUUUUGCCAAGUGUCCCGCCGCACGGCGUCGACGCGUACUAUACGUGGCAGCAUGGCAUGGCACCCUUGCGACCGAUCCCGGGCGUGCCCAUGGAUGAAGACGAGUGGACGGCGCAUGUCGAGCCGCUUGCGACACAAGCGAUCGCGAUCGCUGCUUGGUUCUCGGACCGGGCGGUGGCCAUCGAGACGCAGUUUGGCCAGCUCGAGAGCGCCAAGGCGCUUCUCGACCUUGCUCUGCUCUGCCUUGGCGAGGGCCCUGCCCGCGAUGACGUGGCCGUCUUGCAAGGCCACGUAUCGACCUUUGCCGCGUACGUCUACGACUGCUGCGUCGACGUGCCUCUCGAGUGGACGCUCACCCAUUGGCUCACGCUGUCGGAUGCGGAGAAGCUAGCGCCGCUCGUGUCGCAGCCGCUCGAGAUCGCCGCCGACGUCGUGCGCCGCGGGCUCUUUUCCGAAGCCCAACUCGCCAAGUUUGUAGCCUGUCUCUCGAUGGACGAGAUCGCGCACUUCAAGUACGUGGCCGAAAUGGUCCAGCUCAGCUGCCCCCGUCGCGCCAACCGCAUUCUCAAGACGGACAGUUUGCUGCUCGAGACAGCGCUCGCCGCCUGCUUUGGCUUCACCCUUGCCGGACGUGACGCGCCGACCGAGUUUAUCGAAGUGGCGUGGACCAUCUUUGAGUCGUUGCCGGCGCACGCCCCUUCUGGCGACGCACUCGUGGCCGAGCUCAUGGCACAGGUCCAUACGUCGAUUAGCAGGUUGAGUCUUGACCAAUAUUGGCUGAGACGAUGA